AUGGACAUCCCCUCGGCCACCGGCACACCUUGGAGCCCCAACGCGACUUUUAACACAACCUCCAUGGGCUUCUCGUCUGCUACCGUGCAGCCCACGAUCUUUCCACGGGUGGGCUAUAGUAUCAUCUCCUAUCUUAUGUUCAUCAAUACGAUUUUCUCGGUUUUUAACAAUACUCUGGUGAUCAUAGUGUUGGUGAAGAAUGUGUCUCUCCUUAACCCCAUGAACGUGAUCAUACUUAGCCUAGCUGUGUCUGAUCUGAUGAUCGCCUUGUGCGGCUCCACAAUAGUCACCAUCACUAACUAUCAAGGCUCAUUCUUUCUGGGCGAUGGGUUCUGCAUCUUUCAGGGAUUUGCUGUUAACUUUUUUGGCUUGGUGUCCAUGUGCACGUUGACCCUGCUUGCCUACGAGCGCUACAACGUGGUCUGCAAGCCCUUGGCGGGCUUCAAGAUGACCGUUCGCCGGAGCUGCCAGGGGCUCGUGUUGGCUUGGCUCUUCUGUUUGUUCUGGGCCGUUCCCCCGCUGCUGGGCUGGAGCUCGUAUGGCCCGGAGGGAGUCCAGACCUCCUGCUCCCUGGGAUGGGAGGAGAGGUCCUGGAGCAACUACAGCUACCUCAUCCUCUACACCCUACUGUGCUUCAUUCUGCCCGUCAUCGUCAUCGUGUACUGUUACGCAAAGGUCCUCAUUACAUUGAGACAGCUGAACCAGAGCAUGGAGCAGCAGAGCGGCCGCCCCAGCCAAGAGGACAACAAGCGGGCUGUGAAGAUGGUGCUGGCCAUGAUCGGAGCAUUCUUCGCCUGCUGGCUGCCCUACACGGUCCUCUCAGUGGUGGUGGUGGUGGACCCGGAGCUCCACAUCCCUCCUCUGGUGGCUAGCCUGCCAAUGUACUUUGCCAAGACCAGUCCCGUUUAUAACCCAAUCAUCUACUUCUUCAGCAACACUCAGUUCCGCGAAGCCACAUUAGAGGUCCUCUCAUGUGGGUGUUACUUGCCCCACAGCCAGGCCGAUGAUACCAUUCGCUCCAUGACCCUGAGGACCACGGUGGGAACGAGGAGCCGAGAGGCCUGCGGCAAGGUGCUGCCGCUGUGACC